UCACCUUCGGAUCGACGAGCUCCGCAACAUGGCCGCCUCUAGGUUACCACCAGACGCUCUGACUCUCAAACAGUUUUUACAGAGGCAGAGAGUUUUAGGAAUGUACAGAGAUUUGCUUCGAUCCAUCCGCAAAGUACCGAAUGAAUCCGACCGCAGAUAUCUGAGAGACUGGGCCAGAGAAGAGUUCAAGAGGAACAAGAGCGAAACAGAUCAGGAUGUCGUCCGUAUGAUGAUCACACAAGCACACAAUCAUCUGGAGGGUUUAAGAAAAUCUCUGGCUUUGGCUGGAUGCUGAAACUGUACAGCAAGACCGUCUGUCUCUUCUGUUUUUAACAACAGACUGAAAGACUGAAAUACUUGCCCUUUAUCAACAGACGUACAUUAUAAUGUCAACGGCAUUUUAUUGAACAUAUUUCCAUAUUUAUGCAUGAAUAUUUAUCUUCUCAAUUUGCCAAAUGUAAGUAACAUAUCCUCGUGUGUUUUCAUAAUUGAUGUGCAGCUGAUUUCACAAUAAAUAAACCUCUGUCAUGACUUCUUCAGUUAGUGAUUAUCGAGCAAACCAUUGAAAACACAGAAAUGAUCCACACAGACCAAAGAAAAGAUUCUUUAAAAAUACCAAACAGGUUUACAAGGUUGAUUAUUAAAAGCUGAAGAAAGAUGGACUGGCCAUGAACAUGAAUAACUUCCGGUAAACUCCGGCCAGAACAAAAGUCCUCCACCAUGAGACGUCUUACGUGAAAGGUUAAUAGGGAAAAAAACUGACAAAACGGAGAAUGACAUCUCGACAUUGAAAGUUUAAAUAAGUGAUUUAUAAACUGUAUAUGUUAGCUCUGAUGAUUCAUUUGUCACUUAGCGAACAAUGAAAGACAUCAUUUUCUUUGCUUUCAGAUAAAUGUAUUAUUACACAGUACAUUUCAAUGUAUAUCUGUGCGUACAUAUUAGCAUUCAUAAUGCUUUUCAUUAUAUGUGAUGUUUCUUCAUGGAAAGAAAUUUUACACAGGUUGAAGAAAACGAAUUUAAACUCAUUGAGACGGUUUCCUGGACAAGGAUGAUCUUCAAACAGGACUAGGCCUUAGUUAAAUUACGAUAUUUAAGUCGUUUUUAAAAACAUACUUUACAAAAGAACAUUACUGUGUGCCUCUUGAGACAAAACAAUAAUAUAUUUUAAGAUGUGUCAGUGCAAGUUGUUUUCGCUCAAUCAACACCUCUAACAUUGAAUUUAUUAUUUAAGACCUCUCCGAGAAAGUUUUGAACGCUUGUAUGUUCUUAAUGUGAGUUUUAUCAAUGUUUAUAUCUGUAAUGCCAACACGUUCACACUAAAAGCCACAAAACUUCAGUAUUCAUUUCAUGGCGACUUUAAACAUCAAAGUAGUUCAAGUUAAAUUAGUAGUAUUAACCUCACACAGAAUGCAGUUUGUCCUGUGUAGGCCACUGUAAAAAAUUCUCCUUUAAAUAUUCUCCCAACAAAGAUAAUAAAAUAAAUUAAACACAGAUUAUUAUUUAGUGUAUACUGAAAGAUAUUAAUCUUCACCGUUAGAUUGUUUGGUUUGGUUUUGCAUGACUGAAAUAUACAGGUGCUGGUCAUAUAAUUAGAAUAUCAUCAAAAAGUUGAUUUAUUUCACUAAUUCCAUUCAAAAAGUGAAACUUGUAUAUUAUAUUCAUUCAUUACACACAGACUGAUAUAUUUCAAAUGUUUAUUUCUUUUAAUUUUGAUGAUUAUAACUGACAACUAAUGAAAAUCCCAAAUUCAGUAUCUCAGAAAAUUAGAAUAUUGUGAAAAGGUUCAAUAUUGAAGACACCUGGUGCCACACUCAAAUCAGCUAAUGAACUCAAAACACCUGCAAAGGCCUUUAAAUGGUCUCCGAUGUGUGGAGUGUUUGGUGUUUCUAUCUGUGUGUGUUCGUAGGGUGAAAUGGCAGAAGCGAGUAUUUCAGAGGAUCACUUCAUGUGUUCAGUGUGUCUGGAUCUGCUGAAGGAUCCUGUGACUGUUCCCUGUGGACACACUUACUGCAUGAGAUGCGUCACGGACUGCUGGAAUCGAGAAGAUCAGACGGGAAUCUACAGCUGCCCUCAGUGCAGACAAACCUUCAGUCCAAGACCUGUUUUAAGGAAGAAUGUGAUGUUUGCUGAGAUGAUGGAGAAACUGAAGAAGACUGAAGUCAGAUGUGCUGUUUCUGAUCACUGUUCCGCUGGACCUGCAGAUGUGGAGUGUGACGUCUGUACUGGAAGAAAACACAAAGCCAUCCAAUCCUGUCUGCUGUGUCUCAACUCUUACUGUCAAACUCAUCUUGAGCAACACCAGAAUCUCUUCAGAGGUAAAAGACACGACCUGAUAGACGCCACUGCACCACUUCAUGACGUGAUCUGCCCUCGACAUGACAAGAUUCUGGACAUUUACUGUCGCACGGAUCAGAAGCUUAUAUGUACUCUGUGUAUAGAUGAACACAAAAACCACGAGAAAGUUUCAUCUGCAGCAGCAUGGACGGAGAAACAGAGUCAGUUUGGAGAAAGAAAGAAUCAACUUCAGCAGCAGAUCCAGAAGAGACAGAAAGACCUUCAGAAGAUCAAAGAUGCUGUGGACUCUCACAAGUGGUGUGCACAGACAGCAGUGGAGGACUGUGAGAUGAUGUUCACUGAACUGAUCUCAUCCAUUGAGAGAAGACGUUCUGAGGUGACGCAGCUGAUCAGAGAUCAGGAGACGGCUGCAGUGAGUCGAGCUGAAGGACUCUUGGAGCGACUGAAGCAGGAGAUGGAUGAUCUGAGGAGGAGAGACGCUGAGCUGGAGAAGCUUUCACACACACAUCAUCACAUCCAUUUGCUGCAGAGUUUUCAGUCUCUCUCUGCACCACCUGAAGCUCCGGACGACAUCAGUGUGACUUUCCUCUUUUCUUUUGAUGCUGUGAGAGAAUCUGUCCGUCAGCCGAGAGACAAACUGCAGGAUUUCUGCACACAGCACAUGAGAAAGAUCUCCGACACACACACCAACACUGUCCCCAGGAUCAGAGACCACUUCCUACAACAUUCUCUUCAGUUGACUCUGGAUCUAAACACGGUGAAUAAAGAGCUCUGUCUGUCUGAGGACAACAGAGAGAUUACAAACACUCUCACACAGCAUCAGUAUCCUGAUCAUCCGGACAGAUUUGAUGCGCGUCAGGUGUUGUGUAGAGAGAGUGUGUGUGGACGCUGUUACUGGGAGAAUGAGUGGACUGGUAAAGUUGUGGAGAUAUCAGUGUCAUAUAAGAGCAUCAGGAGGAAGGGACGGGGUGAUGAGAGUAAGUUUGGAAGUAAUGAUCAGUCCUGGAGUUUGAUCUGCUGUGACUCCAGUUAAUCAUUCAGUCACAAUAACAAACACACUAAUCUCCCUGUAAAGCUCAGAUCUAAUAGAAUAGGAGUGUAUGUGGAUGAGAGAGUAGGGAUUCUGUCCUUCUACAGCGUCUCUGACACAAUGACCCUCAUCCACAGCAUCAGCACCACAUUCACUCAACCGCUCUAUCCUGGGUUUGCUGUUUUUUUCAGUAAACUGAAACUGUGUGACCUAACAAUGUAGAUAAUACAGAGAUUACACAAAUCACAUUGUGAUAAUUCAGUUGUUGAUCAUCUAUAAUGCAGAUUCAUGUCAUAAAAAUUGUUAAUCCAUAUUGUUGUAAUUGAGCGACUAAGUUUUGAAUACCUGUAUGUUCUUAAUGUGAGUUUUGUCAAUGUUUAUAUCUGUAAUGCAAACCUAUUCAUAUUAAACUGAACUUUUAUUUCAUGUCAACUUCACAUCAAAGCUAUAGUUCUGUCAGUACAACUACUGUCAAAGAUUGAAACUAGUGAUAUUUAAUGAAACUGUUCUGGGCAAACUCACCAACUGGGAACCAGAACAGUUUUUAAGCAGAAUUAUUUUCAUAACUGGGAUAUACAUCCUUUACGCUGCUAGUGAUAUGUAAAAUUAAUAUAGUAAAAGAUAUCAUCUAAAUGAGGAUCCAUACCUGUCAGGAGAAAAUAAAUAAAAAUCAGCAUGCAGAAUGAAAUUAAACAUGACCUGAUAGAUGCAGUCUGAUGUGUAGGUCUUGGGGAUGGAGGUAGGUUUUUCUUUAAGUGAAUUAGAUAUCUCAUCCAUCCAUACAUCAAUAACAUCAGCCACCGUACGUGUAUUACAUCAGAGCAUAAUUUUCUAUGGACGAUGAGAAAUGACUUA